GAUGCAGUCCCUUUGAGUCCGUGUCCUGUGGUGUUCAUGUGCAGCAGGAGCAGUGCACUGUGUCCUGGAGUUGACAGAUUAACACUGAGACUCGGCUCUCGGGUCUUUUACAUCACUUAUGAGCCACUUUCAAGCGCAUAUUUUAACACUUUUUCUACCUUUUAAAAUGUCUUGAGGCUUUGUUUAAACUGUCAGCUUCGUGCGAUGUCUGGUCAAAGUAAAAACUGGACUAAACUGGGUCGAAAAGUCUGUGGGUUUUUUGCACUGGAGGAAUAAGUUUGAUCCAACUACAAUAACAGCUACAACAACUCCAACUACAGCAGCAGCAGCGCGGAUUUCCUCGACAACAGCGCACGAUUCUUGGAUUUUCGGGGGUUUAAUUCGACGUUUUCUUCAACUUGUAUGGUAUAAACAUAUUAGACAUGCGAGCCAUAUUGAUUUGCAACCUUAAAGCCGCAAAAGGAUAUGAAUCCAGAGGAGGUACUAUCUGAGUGACUUCUACCUGCGGUAACCAAAUCCAAGCCGUUUUGUGGGAUAUUUAACUAAAUGUAAAGGAAUUUUUUGGGAAAACGAUGGAUAUUUUUCCUCGUCCAAGCAGCGAGAUACAGAGGAGGAAUCCGCAGCACGACUUUGAGCUUAUUCAAAGGGUGGGAAGUGGCACCUAUGGAGACGUAUACAAGGCGAGAAACAUCCAAACAGGGGAGCUGGCUGCAGUGAAGAUCAUAAAACUAGAGCCAGGGGACGAUUUUUCCAUCAUUCAGCAGGAAAUCUUCAUGGUGAAAGAAUGCAUGCACCACAACAUCGUGGCCUACUUUGGGAGCUACCUCUGUCGGGAGAAGCUGUGGAUCUGUAUGGAGUACUGCGGAGGGGGAUCUCUACAAGACAUUUACCAUGUGACUGGACCUUUGUCAGAGCUUCAAAUCGCCUAUGUAUCCCGGGAGACGUUACAGGGUUUGGGAUAUCUCCACACUAAAGGCAAGAUGCAUAGAGACAUCAAGGGCGCUAACAUACUUCUAACAGACAACGGGGAUGUGAAGUUGGCUGACUUUGGAGUGGCUGCAAAAAUCACAGCUACAAUCGCCAAAAGAAAGUCCUUCAUUGGAACUCCGUACUGGAUGGCCCCUGAAGUGGCCGCGGUGGAGAAGAACGGUGGUUACAAUCAGCUGUGUGACAUCUGGGCCGUGGGGAUCACGUCUAUAGAACUGGCAGAGCUCCAGCCGCCCAUGUUUGACCUGCAUCCAAUGAGGGCCUUGUUUCUGAUGUCUAAGAGCAGCUUCCAGCCUCCGAAGCUAAAAGACAAAAACAAAUGGUCGGCCGCAUUCCACAAUUUUGUCAAAGUGUCUCUGACCAAGAAUCCCAAGAAGAGGCCCACAGCGGAAAAGCUGUUAUCACACGUGUUUGUGGCUCAGACUGGUUUGACCCGGAGACUCGCUGUGGAUCUUUUGGAUAAAAUGAACAACCCAGAAAACCACCAGCCUUAUGGAGAAGUGGAUGAUGACGACCUGGAGCCCAUCGCUGUUAGACACACCAUCAAAUCCAGUAAAAAACAGGGCAAGGCCGAGAGGACGCCUUCAGAGAUGGACUUCGAUAAGUUGGAGUUCCAGCCGCCCAUUCGCAAAGAGACAGAGGCACAUUCAGAAAUGGAUGUAAAUAAGGACAACGACUUCUCUUCGGCCUGGAGUCCAUUCGCAGAGGGAGGCAUUACAUCCAGAUCUACUCUCAAACCUGGUGUUCCCCCACCACUGCCCCCAAAGCCUCGAUUGAGUUCGUCGGACGACAUCGGUUUGAACGAUGAGCGCUCUUUGACGGUGAAAAGGUUUCCGAACUCUGAGAAUGGUCCUGGCCCAACGGCACGAAGGAAAUCCACUCCAGAGCAGGGAAACAAACCUGAGACCAACCAGGACUAUCUGUCUGUGAGCGUCAGCAGCCCUGGGAUCCUUUCUCACUCCUCAGACCCUGGUGAGGAAAUAUACAAGUUUAAAAUGGGUAGUUACUGUAUUACCAAUUUAAACCUGUAAUAAUUAAGCUGGAAGACAAAGGUGCUAUAGCUGUACCUGAUUUUUAUUUCUUAAAAACAUGAAUAACAGAACUAGUUCAUUUUAAAUGGUUUGCAGUGGUCCGAAGUUCGUCCUCACCAUAGACUGUAUAUAUAAAUGGACAUAGCUGGUGCACUAGCCCGCAUGUUCCAAACAGGAAGUGAUCGUGGGCCGCUUCUGGCUCCAUCAACUCUGGCUGCAACUCACUUUACAUUGAAAAAUUGUCAAACCUCCUCUGUAACUACUGCUGUCAGACUUGUCAUUUUGGUAUUCAAAUGUUUGUAUUAACCCUCUACAUGAUCCUGGGUUUUUUAUAAAAUUUUUGUGUCUGUAAAUCAAGACAUGAAUAUUGAUAACAGAAAAAUCAAGCACCUUCUUUUCCCAACUUCAAAUUGGCCACUAUAAGUGCUAGCCUCGAUGAGCUUCAUUUGGAGUUGAACGCUGUGGGCAACGUCAAACUCACUCACUCCGCUUCUUUUCACAGUCUACAUUC